CUCGCUCCCGCACAAAUGCACAAUUCCAUCCCGGCCAUGGCAGUCUCCUCCCCGCCGCCUCCUCGAUUGCACCUCUCCCUCCAUCUUCGAAAGCCUAUCCAGAACUCGCCGCCUAGCGGCAAAAAGGCACGCCCCGCUCCGACAGCCGAGACGCUCCGCCGCCGGUUCCUCCGCCGGGGCGUCUCGCCGACCCCCAAGAUCCUCCACACCCUCCGCAAGAAGGAGGCGCUUAAGGCCCUCCGCCGCGCAAGGAAGGACACGGCCGCAGCCGCUACUGCGUCACGCAAUCCGUGCGACGAGGAGGAGACCCGCUUCCGUGCGGCCGCCGCGGAGUACCACGCGCUCGCGGGACGGCCAUGGGACGCCGGCACCCGCGGCAUGGCGCCCCCGCGCGGUUUGGACGGGGAGGAGGGCGGGCUCGAGGGCCUGAGGGAGAUGCUCGCGGCGAGGAGGGGCGACGGGUUCCGUUGGCUACUGGAUGACGACAUCGAGGCUGAGGCAGCGGAGAGGAAGCAACAGAGGCGUCCGGGCGCCGGCUGGGAUGUGGGGACCGAGGACGAGGAGAGGAGGAUUCAGUUGCUAGUCAGCAGAACAUCCAUCCAACUGGUAUUGGAGUCAAAUGAUCCAACCUUGCCGCAGCCUGAAGAUCGAAUAUCUGGUGUCGAGAAGGGCUUGGCUGGGUUACAACCAAAUUGCGGGCCACCAUGGAACAAAAAGAGGUUAAACGGAGAUUACCUAAGUUUUCGUGAUUGGAGGCUUACUAGAGUGAUGAAAAGGGCUGACAUCAUAUAUAGUGAAGAUAAUCUACUGAGAAUACUAGAUGGGCUUGAGGCACGAGGAAACUGGAGGCAGGCUUUAUCUAUUAUUGAGUGGGUGUACAAUGAAAAUAGCUAUAGGCAUCGGAAAAGCAGGUUUGUGUAUACAAAAUUACUCUCAAUCCUUGGGAAAUCAUUAAGAGCAACUGAAGCACUUCACAUUUUCACCAUCAUGCGGGGAGAUGCUCAAAUAUACCCUGAUAUGCCUGCAUACCAUUGUAUUGCUGUUACUCUUGGUCGAGCUGGUCUUCUGAAGGAGUUAAUCAAGAUUAUUGAGUAUAUGAGACAGAAGCCCUCAAAACUAGUAAUGAAGAUGCGGCGCAAGGAUUGGGAUCCUUCAUUGGAGCCUGAUGUACUUGUUUAUAACUCGGUGCUCAAUGCAUGUGUUCUGUCACAGCAGUGGAAAGGUGUAUUUUGGGUGUUCCAGCAAAUGAGAAUUGGUGGUUUACCACCUACAGGAGCAACAUAUGGGUUGGCCAUGGAAGUUAUGUUGAAAGCCAAGAAGUAUGACUUUGUCCAGAAGUUCUAUGAGAAGAUGCAGAAAAAUGGCGUACCACCAAGAGCAAUAACUUACAAAGUGCUUGUAAGAUCUUUUUGGGAGCAGGAUAAAAUUAAUGAAGCUGUUGAAGCAGUCAAUGACAUGGAACAAAGAGGAGUUGUUGGAGCAGCAAGUGUUUACUAUGAAUUAGCUUGCUGUCUCUGCAAUAAUGGAAGGUGGAGAGAUGCUAUGUUACAGGUUGAGAAGCUGAAACAGCUUCCCCUCACGAAACCACUGGAGUACGCAUUUACUGGAAUGAUCUUAGCCUCAUUUAAUGGUGGAUAUAUCUAUGAUUGCAUCUCAAUAUUUGAAUUAAUGAAGGACCACUGCAUGCCAAAUAUUGGGACUGUGAAUGUCAUGUUAAAAGUUUAUGGACAUUGUGAUAUGUUUGGGAAGGCAAAGGACUUGUUUGAAACCACCAAGGCUUGUUUCUUAAAUUCUCAGACAUAUAUCCACGAGCAUUCGUCAUUCAAAGCAGACACAUAUACAUACAACUCUAUGCUUGAAGCAUCUGCCUCUGCCCAACAGUGGGAAUACUUCGAAUAUGUGUAUAGAGAGAUGGCUCUGUCUCAUCACUGUCUAGAUCAAAGCAAAUAUUCAUGGUUGCUCAUCAAGGCAUGCAGAGCUGGAAAGCCAUAUUUGCUGGAGCAUGCACUUGACUCGAUACUUGAAAGAGGAGAGAUCCCUGAUGUACAGUUGAUUACUGAAUCGAUAUGCCAGUCUAUUGCUCAUAGAGAUUAUGGAAGGACGCUGCAGCUCUUGAAUAUUAUGACCCAGGCCUCAAUAAAAAUUAAAGAAGUCGAGUGGGAUUACCUACUACAGCAAAAUAUGCAUCAAUUCAGCAUUGAUGCCCUCGAGGGCCUUAUAAAGUAUCUCAGUACUAAUGGUACUACCAAUGCUGAUCCUGCAGUUGAUUUAGUAAGAGCACUGCAGUCCCAAUGCCGGGACGAUACCAGUACUCAACAGUUUGAACUCUCUUUUCAUGGAAGUGGAAACAAAUAUUCAUGUAGCAGUCUGGCAGAACUAGAUCAGCUCACUUGCAAGAACUUGUGCACUGAUAUAAUUCUUGACGUCCCUGGUUCUGAUAGAGAGAUGCCUCAGUUAGGUGUCAGUGCUCUCAUGUGCAGGGACAUCUCAUUAAACGGUCAACGAGUGGAAAACAAACAUGAGCUUUCUGAUCUUGGGCAGAGGGGUCCACAGGUAUCUGCAAUUGACAAAGUACUUGAUUCCAUGAAUUCUUAUGGUGACAAUUCGUAUGGGGAGAUGCCAUCAGCUUCAAAAAUUCUUGAGCUGUGGGAGCAUGAGAGGUAAAUGACAUGUUUGCUCCAAAAACAGAAAAUUAGAGGAUAAAUGAAAUGCUAGCAGAUAUUAUUUGAUAUAUGGGCAGUGCAAUCCUUGUAUAAAUUACUGACAAAUGCUGUAAAUUUGAAGGCCCCUAAGUUGGUUCGUGGGAUCUCUGCUGCAAUCGUGUUGCCUAAAAUUAUUAUCAGAAGGCUCUUAUUUGUGUGAUCUCAUUGUCCAUACUACGGAAAAAACAGGGAAUAUAUAGAAGCUCUGAGCUCUUGGAAGAUAAAUUUAUGCAUUGACACUGUUUCUCUAUUUAUAGCGUCUCUCAACCCUCACCCAACCACCAUCUCCAUCGCCAAUGCAUGGGUCUGGGGGCUUUUCUGCGAUCAGCACCUCCUUAUAAGGACGACGUGAUCCACUGCUAGCCAAAGAAGCAGCAGAUGAAGUGUUAAGGCCUUCGUCUUCACACCAUCGCUGAUACUUCAAGCGACAUCCAAGAAAAGCAUUAGAUGGGUGGUGGGGGAAGGAGGAGAGGAGGCCAACGCCGGGAGACAAAGGGUGGUUACUGACGACAUUGGAAGAAGGACCGGCGUGAGGCUAUAGGGUGGAGGAGUAGAGGCAUCGACCUAAGGGAGGCCAAGGGGCAUGAGCGGAAGGGACAUCUAGCUAACCUUACAUUCAGUUGUUGGACAUCUAACUAUUACACUGUAUAACGCGUGCAUAUACAUGUAUCCUUAUACACCCUCGAAAAACUAUGGCAUCAAAUCUCAAGAUCAACAAAAUUAUCAUAA